UCCGGAGUAAGAUGGCUGCAGUGCGUGUGCUGAGGACCUGGAGCCGGACUGCCGGCCGUCUGAUUUGUGUCCGCUACUUUCAAACAGGUGGUAAUAUUCAUGUUUUGAAGCCAAACUAUGUGUCUUUCUUUGGUUAUCCUUCAUUCAAGUAUAGUCAUCCACAUCAGCUGCUGAAAACAACUGCUGCUCUACAGGGACAGAUUGUUCAGUUCAAACUCUCAGACAUUGGUGAAGGGAUUAGAGAAGUAACUGUUAAAGAAUGGUAUGUAAAAGAAGGAGAUACAGUGUCUCAGUUUGAUAGCAUCUGUGAAGUUCAAAGUGAUAAAGCGUCUGUUACUAUCACUAGUCGUUACGAUGGAGUCAUUAAAAAACUAUAUUAUAAUCUAGACGAUAUUGCCUAUGUGGGAAAGCCAUUAGUAGACAUAGAAACGGAAGCUUUAAAAGAUUCAGAAGAAGAUGUUGUUGAAACUCCUGCUGUGUCCCAUGAUGAACACACACACCAAGAGAUAAAGGGCCAAAAAACACUGGCAACUCCUGCAGUUCGUCGCCUUGCAAUGGAAAACAAUAUUAAGCUGAGUGAAGUUGUCGGCUCAGGAAAAGAUGGCAGAAUACUUAAAGAAGAUAUUCUCAGCUAUCUGGAAAAGCAAACAGGAGCUAUACUACCUCCUUCACCAAAAGCUGAAAUUAUGCCACCUCCACCAAAACCAAAAGACAGAACUAUUCCUAUACCAAUAUCAAAACCUCCAGUAUUCACAGGCAAAGACAGAACAGAACCCAUAAAAGGCUUUCACAAAGCGAUGGUCAAGACCAUGUCUGCAGCCCUGAAGAUACCUCAUUUUGGGUAUUGUGAUGAGGUUGACCUUACUGAACUGGUUAAGCUACGAGAAGAAUUAAAACCCAUUGCUUUUGCUCGUGGAAUUAAACUCUCCUUUAUGCCCUUCUUCUUAAAGGCUGCUUCCUUGGGAUUACUACAGUUUCCUAUCCUUAAUGCUUCUAUGGAUGAAAACUGCCAGAACAUAACAUAUAAGGCUUCUCAUAACAUUGGGAUAGCAAUGGAUACAGAGCAGGGCUUGAUUGUACCUAAUGUAAAAAAUAUUCAGAUCCGCUCCAUAUUUGAGAUCGCCACUGAAUUGAACCGCCUCCAGAAAUUGGGCUCUGCAGGUCAGCUCAGCACUACUGACCUUACAGGAGGAACAUUUACUCUUUCCAACAUUGGAUCAAUUGGUGGUACCUAUGCCAGACCAGUGAUAUUGCCACCCGAAGUGGCAAUUGGGGCCGUGGGAACAAUUAAGGCCCUUCCCCGAUUUAACGAGAAAGGGGAAGUAUAUAAGGCCCAGAUAAUGAAUGUGAGCUGGUCAGCUGAUCACAGAAUUAUUGAUGGUGCUACAAUGUCACGCUUCUCCAAUUUGUGGAAAUCCUACUUAGAAAACCCAGCUUUUAUGCUACUAGAUCUGAAAUGAAGAUUGAUAAGACAUCCUUGAACUUUCUGAGCUUCGAAAGAAAAUGCAGAGCCCAGCUGUGCAGCACACGUUCCUCAUUGCAGUUUGUAUUGUAAAUGAUUUGUAAUGUAUGAUUACAGUUCUGAGACACAAUAUAUAUCACUAUUCUGUUAGGGUUUUUACUGAAAAGGAAUAAUGGUAUAAUAGUUCUCCUGGGCUGUCACAUUUUAUAGGUCAUAGUACAACUUCUUAAUAUAGUGCUGAGGUCUUUGUGUCAAGGGAUUGAAACUGGCAGGGACAACAAAAUGAAUAUUACUGAAAGACAGGCCGCCAUAUACAGUAUUUGCCCUAUUUUUUUCUUUCUUUUUUUUUAUUUUAAACUAACUCUUUUUUUUUUAUAAACUUUUUUUAAUUUAUUUUAUUUAUUAUUUUUGGCUGCGUCGGGUCUUAAUUGCGGCACGCGGGAUAUUCGUUGAGGCAUACGGGAUCUUUCCUUGCGGCACGGGAUCUUCAUUGUGGCGGGCGGGCUUCUCUCUAGUUGUGGCAUGUGGGUUUUCUCUCUCUAGUUGUGGCGUGCGGGCCCCAGGGCGUGUGGGCUGUGUAGUUUGCGGCGCACGGGCUCUAGCUGAGGUAUGCAAGCUCAGUAGUUGUGGCGCCCAGGCUUAGUUGCCCUGGGCAUGUGGAAUCUUAGUUCCCUGACCAGGGAUCGAACCUACAUCCCCUGCAUUGUAAGGCAGAUUCUUUACCACUAGACCACCAGUGAAGUCUCUAAUUCUUAAUGAAACUUUUCAAUUAUACUUAGUUGGGAAAAGGAAUUUAUAUGCAAAAGUAUUUUCUAUUUCCCCACAAGAAUGCAAAUUAUUGUAUAAAAUAAGUGCAAUUGUAUUUACCUUUUAAGAUAUCCUGGAGUGUGUUGCUCUGUAGAGAUUAUCAUCUGUAAAUGUCUUAUUUGUAUAAAUUAAUAUCUUUUAAAAGGGAAAAUUAUAAGCUAAUCUUAAAAAUGCCCAAUUAUAGUUUUAUAGCCAGUAAGGCCAUUAAAAGUAUUUGUUUAAAGUGAAUAUACUUUUAGAAUUUGGUAAUGGUUUAGUGUUUUAUUGGGAAAAACUUCACCUUUACAACCUUGCUUCAAUGUAAGGAAGGUACUUUAAAUGUAGCAACCACUGACAUUGUGUUACAUUCAGAAGUCCAUUGCCUUUUAACUUUUUUUUUUACUUUCUUGGUCUUCAGCUAAAAAAAUAGGAUAGAUUAAGAAGUUAGGGUCUAUUCUAUUCUUCAUAUCCUGAGAAGGAAUAUGAAUAAGGGGAGAGAGAAGACUAAUGGGUAAUUAUGGACAUUAAAAUAAAAUAAUAAAUUUUGCACAGAAAUAAAGGUAUCCUCAUGAUCAUUUUGUUAGAGGCCCACUUGAAUCAGAAAUUCAGGUUGUUUCUAAUAUUGUCUAAUUGAAUACUGUAUGUUCAAGUGAAGUUUUGUGACAGAAGAAGUUGUUUUAAUGUCUACUUGAUUUUUUUCAAAAUGGAAAUGAUGUAUAAUUCAGAAAAUAAUGGAUCUAAUGAAUGUUAUUUUUAAAAUUCAGAUAAUAUGAAGAGUUGCAAAGAAAAUAAAAUCAACCAUAAUCCAACCACUAUUAACAUUUUGAUCAAGGUAUCUGUAUACAUAGCUAUUCUUUUUAUGAAAAUAAGAUUGUGCUGUAUCUACUAUUUUAUAGUUUGAUUUUAUAAAUUUAACAUUAUGAGUCAAUAAACAG